UUAAAAGUUUCAUUCAUAGCGCAAUUGAGAAUUCAUUGACUAGUUCAAUAAUGAGUUUAAAUUUGGACUGGAUAAUUGAUUUGUUUGAAACAUAAUUAUUAAUUAGAGCCUUUAUUGUUGUGGAAGAAUUGGAUAUUGUUCGGAGUAAAACGCGAAGGCGAAGGCGGCAGUACGGCCGGACGGUGGUAUAGGCGUCCGCUAGGUGUUGGUGCCUACCCUUGACCGGAUGCCGGCGCGCUCAGCUCAGUCGCGGCGCGGCUCUGCUCGUAUCCUCGCGUCUCGCAGUUCGCAGCACCGCCUCUAUAUAGCGGCUCGCUCUCGCCCCCGACGCAUUCACACCCCACAGUGGAACACAGCCAUGCGCCUCCGCUCCUCUGGUGUAGCAUCGGACAUGCAAAUCAACUACCAGUACAGCCUAACAGUGUUUAGUUCGUUCGAAGGAGUUUUUAAGUAAUUGACUUCAGUGACAAAAGUGCAAGUGAUAAAUAUGAAGUCGAAAAACAAUUCGUGUGAGCCCCAGCCGGAGCUGCAGGAGUUGCUGCAGAAGCCGCACAGCCUGCCGCUGCUGGGAGACGGCAAGCGCGCAACAAUAAUCCCAAGUCAGGGAACAAAUAAAGAGAAAAGUCGGACUUUAUCGCCCGUGGAGGACGAUGGACCAGACGUCGUGUCCACAGUCAUUGGGAAGUACGGACGCUGGCAAUUGCUCAUGACAUUCCUAAUGUCGCUGUUCUCACUGCCCUGCACCUUUCACAUUUACUUGCCUACCUUUACUGCAAAGGCAACGAAAUUUUGGUGUCGGCAGCCGGCGAAUCUGUCGAGCUUACCAUUAGCGGACUGGAUAAAUUAUAGUCAACCUUUUGACAGCUGUCAAGUGCGGACGCUCACCGCAGAUGUGACAGUACAAAAUAUUCUGGACCACACUGGCCCAGUCUCAGAAAUCUUCACAAAAUGCACGGAGUGGGACUACGAUAGGUCCGAAGUUGGCAACACUAUUAUCUCGGAAUGGAACCUCGUGUGCGAUAAAGCUUACCUCACGAGUUUAGCUGAAGUUAUGUUCUUGGUCGGCGUUGGCGUCGGCGGCGUUAUAGGAGGAUGGAUUUCAGACAAGUUUGGCCGCAAGCGCGUUCUGAUGAGCAUGAUGAUAGCUCAAAGUGCUCUAGCCAUCCUCUCCCUGUUGGUGCGGUCCUUCAUACAGUACCUGACAGUGAGGCUCAUCAUGGGCUUCGUAUCGGUGUCAGUAGUCUAUGCCGCCUUUGUGCUCGCCGUAGAACUGGUCGGAGGGAAAUGGGUGACGAUUGCUGGAGUUUGCAACUUCUUCUGGUUGCCUCUGGCGUACCUCAUUGUGACCCUGCUGUCAAUGGCCAUGCCCAAUUGGAGAGACUUGCAAUUAAGCUUAUCUAUUCCCGGAUGCUUACUUAUCGCAUUGUGGUUUGUUCUACCAGAAUCUCCAAGAUGGUUGCUCAGCAUGGGAAAGACUCAGGAAGCUAAAGUGAUACUGCAGAAAGCGGCAAAGUUCAAUGGCCGCGAGUUCCCAGCUGAUAUCGACAAACUGCUCAUGCUGUGCAAAACUGACAACACAGACGAAGGACCAAGUGUCAUGAUGCUGUUCAAAGGAGCUCUACGUAAAAGAACAAUUUGCCUGUUCCUAGCAUGGUUCUCAAUGACGAUAGCAUACUACGGGCUAUUAUUGAACAUCGGAAACUUCAAUUUGGGAAAUUUACACGUGACGUCGAUCAUUCUAGCUGUUGUGGAAAUCCCAGCGAUAGCAAUAAGUAUCCCUAUACUUCUGAAGGCUGGAAGAAGGAUUCCGAUAUUCAUAAGCAUGUUAGCGUGUGGACUUGCUUGCGUUGCGAGCGAACUUUUCUCAAUAGCCUUUGACGACCAAUGGAUCAUGAUCGCUUGUUUGAUGAUCGGGAAGUUUUCUAUCGGCUCUACGAAUAUGAUGCUGCCGAUUUUCACUGUGGAACUGUAUCCGACGGUGGUGAGAAACCUUGGAGUCGGCGCCAGCCAAAUCGCGGCCGGCCUAGCGCUUAUUUGCAUACCGUACUUAUGGAAACUGACGAUGUUUAACGAUCACCUGCCAAUGGUGACGAUUGCAGCGCUGGCCGCUUUCGGCGGUGGUAUAGUUCUCCUACUUCCUGAUACUUCGCGCCCGCAAGGGAAGCCCGUAGCUGACAAUAAAAUGCCUCCAUUCGACAACAACUCCCCUUGCAACGGAACGUUCACAAUAACUGACGACAGAGGUCACUAGCGGCGCGGAUUGAAAAAUUGUUACGAAAGUGUGUAAAUAAAAACUUUGUGCUGUGUGCAAUGGACAGUGAAUAGUGAGAUUAUUUCGAAUUUAAUUUGCAAUUAAGUAGAUGUUCGAACGUGUAUUGAAUAUUAACAUAUCAUAGAAGAGUGAUUAGGUGCCCUACUUCUGCGUAGGUUGCAUGUGUUGUACAGUAAUAAGUCAAAACAGUAUCAUAAUAUUAAUGUCGUAGUUACCUAAUUGUAAUUAAGUAGCGUUACAACAUAAGAGUCUAUUUAAAGUAGCUGUAAUUCUUAAUUAAUUAACAGUAGGGCUCUGAGCAAUAUUUUAUUAUCUAAGUAUACAUGUUUAACUCAAAUGACUUCCCUAAACCAUCAAUUAAAUAGGUAAUAUGUGUCAAUUUGACGUUAGAGAUAGAACCCAAGGCUACAUAGUUUACUUAAGACGUAAAUAAGAACAUUAAUUUGUUACAAAAUAUAAAAAUUAUGUGGAUCAAAAGGUUUAAUCGAUAUAAAUGCAAUUUCAACACCUUUCGAUUUGUUCUAUACCAAUAUAUAGAAGUCAGAUUUUAAAAACACGCAAUGAGUUUCAAUGUCUGGCUGCUAUUUGGCAUUACAGCAGUUCAUUUAUUCAAAGAAGACUAAUAAAAAAGAAAGCAAGAUCAAACAAAUACUAAUUGCUUUUUCGUAACGCUGUGUUACCAUAUUAAAUCAUAAACUAAGGUGUUUUCCUUAGAUUUCUGUAUUCUCAUUCUCAAAUAAGCACACGUACAUUUUCCUUAACAAGGCAUUAGUUUAUUUAAUAGUAAUAAAGCAUUAAUUUUCUUUUCACAAAUAAAUUCUUGCUUCAGUGUUCACAUCUCUAUUUAAUAGCCUAUUAAAAUUAGCACUAAACCGUCUCUUCAUUUUCAAUUCAAUGCUUUAAUUACCAACGCCUUCAAACAAUAACUAAGUAAUUACGUAUUAAAGGCAUGUUUGUUAGACGAUGUGUUUGUUUACUAAUCAUUCUCACAUUAUUGCUUAAACGUAAACAAAACAUCACACAUUCUAAUUUACCGUUAUAAGGAUGGUAAUAAAAUGGUGGAGCCAUUAAAUCGUAGCUAUUUGAUUUAAUAGCUAUUAAAAUGAGUUACUGGGAAUAAAUGCAUCGAAAGAUUGGUACGAACAAAAAUACUGGAGCCAAGAGGUAAAAAUUGACAACAACCUUUUUUGUUUUCAUUUUCGGACUAAAACAUUUCUACCACCGCCUCUUAGCAACGAUCAAGUUAUUGGAAAGAGAUGCCACGCUAAGCUUUGUAGCGAGCUCUCUCGCUUCUUCUAUAUGCAAUAGACUUACGUAAUAAGGUAGAAAUAUCUCUCUUAGCAAGUGUUUUUAUUUUCAGCGUGUAAAUCUAACUCUCUUCAUUUGUACAUACAAAGAUCAUUUUGAAAAAUCUUUUAACUAAUUUUCGUACUCUGCUUAUUCAAUUCGAGCUAAACAAAAUUUACAUAAAAUUACAAAGCAGUCUACUUAAUAUACUAAAUGCAAGACGUCUUCAUUAAGUAGGUAAUUGUUUUAUAAACAUUCUGUUAUCAUCAUAUUUUGGUCUGUUUAUGUAAUUAUAAUUUCGGCAUCCGUUUUUAUUUCGUAAAUUAACGUUACAUAUUGUUAACACUCGCUACGAUACAAAUGUUGCUAGACUAAGUAUGUAACAUAUCCAUAAUUAUCAGUUUUAAAUAAAACUCCUUUUUGUCAAGUUUUGUUUAGGUAAGCCGUCUUCUAAUCCACUCUCACCUUCUUCAUUUCAAACUCUUACUCAACUUUCCACACAGUUAUUUUUACAAUAUCGGCUGGCAGCUAACGAUGAGUUUCAAAAGAUUCGAUCAAGAUCAAACUGCGAUGUCUUAAAGAACCGCAAAUUACGAAGACUUAUUAUUUUCAGUCUAAUAAACUUUUUAAUUUGUAUUAUGUAGCUAAAUUGUCACAACUAUCUCUGAUUGUCUAUUUAAUACAUUGUUUUGUUCUUGUACUAGAUAACAUUACGUGCGUGUACCGUUAUUGCAUGGUUAUGUAUAUUGUUAUUAGGGAAGUGUGUACCUGUAUUUCUUACCAAUUAGUUUAUUUAUUGCCUCUAUAAUAAGUAAGUAAUUUUAAUAUGCUAAGUUAUAAGUUUAUUAUAAGACAAUGACCUAUCGGUAGCUUCAUUCUGCUGUUUAAUGUAAAGUUACCAUCAGUAGACAUCAAUGUUUUCAUUAAUGUUUGGCUUCUGUACUUAUUUAUAAGCCACGCUAAAUACAGGCUUACAUUUGAACAAAACAAUUUUCGAAUAUCAAUCAAUGUAAAUUUAGUGAAAUAAUGGUGUAAUAAUUCUAAAAUAAACUAAUUAUUUUUAAUAGAUGCUCAUUUAUUGUA